CGCCGGAGCGCUGCCCGGGGGGAGGGCUGCGCAUGCGCACUGCCGCUCCGCCGCGCCUGCCGCCGUGUCCCUCCCGCAGUGCGCCUGCGCAGCGCGGCGGGACGGGGCCGGGGGCGACGCCGCGGGGCACCAUGGCCGUAGGCACGGGCACCUCCCUGGCGCUCUCCUCGCUGCUCUCGCUGCUGCUCUUCGCCGGGAUGCAGAUGUACAGCCGGCAGCUGGCCUCCACCGAGUGGCUGACCAUCCAGGGCGGGCUGCUGGGCUCCGCGCUCUUCCUCUGCUCCCUCACCGCCUUCAACAACCUGGAAAACCUCGUCUUCGGCAAGGGCUUCCAGGCCAAGAUCUUCCCCGAGAUCCUCACCUGCCUCUUGCUGUCUCUCUUUGCCUCCGGCCUCAUCCACCGAGUCUGUGUCACCACCUGCCUCAUCUUCUCCAUGGUUGGCCUCUACUACAUCAACAAGAUCUCCUCCACCCUCUACCAGUCUGCAGCGCCCGUCGCCACUCCCGCCAAGGCGGUCGGGAAGGGCAGGAAGAGGAAUUGACGUGGCGGGGCAGCCCCCUGCCCCCGCCAGCCCGGCCUGGGGCUACCAAGUUCCUCAAUAAAGCUAUUUCUUUGUA